CAGGCGCAAGAUCGUUGCUAAUCUUUUUCUGUCCCUCUUCUUUCUCGGUUCCCGGCUCUAUUUUCCAUAUCUUUCGCGACCUUCCUUUCCGCAGCGUUACAUUCAGUCCUGUUCCAUCGUCAUGGUCUCCUCAACUUCGUACGCCGCGGCCGCGGUGCUGGCCCUAUUCGCGGCCUCCGGGACGGCCCAGAACUUCACCAUUGCCAACGGCCAGAUUUUCACGCCUGGGUUGGUUAUCUUGGAUGCGCCUCAGCCGGGGACCCCGCUGGGCGGAGAUAACCUCCAUGUUGCGAUUGACGUCUCGACGAACGGCAAGAUGCCGCUGCCGCCGUAUGCCGCGGAUAGUCCGACCAAAAUCUUCAAUGUGACCAUGUUUUUGUCAAGCUACACUACCGGCCGCAACUUCACCAUCUCCAACGGCACGGCGACGGCCAAUAACGCCAGCUUGGGGGAAAUUAUGAUCCAGGAGCCCGGCAGCACUGUGAAGCACGUAAACUGGAUAUGGCCGGAUUGUCUCGUCGGCAACGGACAGCCAAGCUCUAGCGACAGCGACCGCGGCGCGUACAAUAUCUCCAUCCGCCAAAACUUCCGCCUCAACGGCGAAGAUCACUACACAAUCUUUGACGUGCCCAUCUCCGUCACAAACAGCAUCGAGCAAAAGGACGGCCGGCCCUCGUGCGACGCCCUCAACAAUCCGCUCCUCACCGCCGAGCAGCUCAACGCCACGGCCGCCAACUCGAUCGGCGUGCUCUUCGCGCCGGGCGACUCCACCACCAUUGAAGUUAAAUCGGGAAGCGGCAGCGGCGAUGACGGACUCGGCGGGACGAAGCCUGAGGCGACGCCCGGCGACGGUCUCGGCGCGGGUGCGAGCUUGAGGUGGAGGGAUGGGGCGUAUUGGCUGUGUUUGGUGAGCAUCGGCGCUGCGCUGAUACUCUGAUCGGAGGGAGAGGGAGGCUUUUCGCCAGUUUCGUUGUGGACGAGCUGGCUGGUUACACUUGUGCCCAUUCGUGAUACCCCAGACGCGGAAGCUGUAUUAGUACAUAUUUCUUAAUCGAAUCUCGCCCGACGGGACUCAAUGGUUUUAGUCCGUCGACCGACGGACGGUGCCGAAACCGAUACCGAUGGGUGUAUAUAACCUUAGUACCUUGCCUCUGCGCACAGAUAUUGCAAACGGCCGAACAUUUGAUGUCUUCUAGAAGUUGGCAGAGGUGAAAACCGAUGAUGGAGGGAAGCCAAUUGAAGAUAAGGUUAAUUCUCUCCAACGAAAGUACGGGUACACAAAAGUCUUCUCGUCUCGUAGAACUCAACGCAGAACUCAAAAACAAUUAAGCAAAC